CUUCAUAAUAGAGAGUCGCUCGGAGCGCUUUAUAAAUAAAUAUUGUUAAAAUAGCAACAUUAAAUAAAUCUAUAUGAAAAGUGUUGGUUAUAAGUGUUUGGUGUAUACUAUAUUUUUGGAAUAUAAGAUUAAUCAGAUCAACGAUGGAUAUAGCUGAAGGUCUAGGGACACAUACACUGACGAAGGCAGCAAUUGCGGGUUUGUUGCUAUAUGCGGUUAAUUAUAAGGCUCGUUACUAUAUGAAAUUUUCAAUAUAUGCCAUAUGGUGUAUGCUGGCCGCCACUUUACCAAUACCUCUCAUGUUACCUUGGCCACGUGAUUACAGAAAUGCAUAUAUUCCAGCAAGUUUAUGCCGCAUGGUAUCCAGAUUCAUCGGUAUAUCGUGGAUUGUUCGCGGUCAAGAGAACAUUGUAAAAAAUAGCGGUGCUGUUAUGCUUAUAAAUCACCAAAGUGCCUUAGAUCUGACUAUUUUAGCUAUCUUGUGGCCACUUGUGGGUCGCUGCACAGUUAUAAGCAAACGUGAGAUCUUCUACAUUUGGCCAUUUGGUCUAGCAAGUUACCUCUGGGGAACGCUAUUUAUUGAUAGAAAAAAUCGAACUGGAGCCACAAAAGCAGUCAACGAUACUGCUCAAGCCAUCAAUCGCAAGCAUGCAAAACUUUGCAUGUUUCCUGAAGGAACAAGGCAUAGUGGCUCUGAACUACUUCAAUUCAAAAAAGGAGCAUUCUAUGUAGCUAUAACAAAUCAGUGCCCUAUUCAACCCAUAGUAGUAUCCAGAUACCAUUUUUUGAACUGCAGCAUCAAAAAGUUUUCUUCGGGAUUCAACAUCAUCACCAUCUUACCUGCCAUUCCCACACAAGGGUUAACGUUGGAUAAUUUGGAUGAUCUUAUUGAGAAAACUCACCAAACUAUGUCACGCUACUAUAAACAAACUAGUCAAGAAGUUGAAAAUCUGAUGGUUAACAUUUAUUGAAUAAAUUUAAUGAAACGAAAAUAUAAUAUUGUAGUUUUAUCAACCUAACUUUUAUUUACAUUAAAUUUAUUUCCAUAUGCUGGAAUAAAGUCUUAAGCUAAGUAGUUAGAA